CGAGACGACAUUCAUGUCUAUUGUCUCCUGUCCUGACAGUGACAAGACUAGUGAAGUGACUUCCAGAGUUAUCAUUUAUCUAAUGUUAUAUUAUUAACAUCGAGUACGAGAAGUUGAAAACGACAACAAUUAUUGUGUUUUUGCAUAAUAUCUUUAUUUAGUCAAGAACUACAAAUUUUAAUCCAACAAGUUUAUUUUUUGACACUUGUAUCUGAAAUGGGAGCUUCAGCAUUUCCUGUUAUAAUCAUGUCACUUUUCUGGGGUGGUGUGGGAAUCGUACUGCCGUUCUUGGUUCCCAAAGGCCCUAACAGAGGGAUAAUCCAGUGUGUACUGAUGCUCACAGGAGCCUGCUGUUGGUUAUUCUGGCUGUGUUGCUACAUGGCACAAAUGAAUCCAUUGAUUGGGCCCAAGAUCGAGAACAAAACAUUACUGUUGAUGGCGAGAGAAUGGGGAAACCCUGUCGAGUAAGGAUUUCAUCUUUUCUUCAAAAUCCAUUCCAAAACAUCUCACUUAACAAGGACGUAUUCGUCAGUCGCAAAACCUUCAAGCCGAUUAAUUACCGAUUAGUGUGGUUGUACAUUGUUGUAGGUGAUGGUAAAACAGUUUCAUUUUAAUGUAAAUUUGUGUAUAUAUUGCAACAGUCCUCUAAUUUUAAUUGUAUUAGCUAAAAAAUUUAAGUAAUAAUUUAAUGCUCCAUGAAAACAACUACUAUUUAGAGUAUCGAUAUGAAAAUAAAUUAAUUUUUAAUUAACUGUAAUGGUAGUGUAUUUAGAAAUCCACAGUAUUUUGUGUUUAUUGUUAAUAGGAUUAGAAUGAGCAAAUAUAUAUCCAUCAUUAAUCAAAUAA